AUGGAAACUGCUCCUUCAAAAGCCGGUAAAGACGAAUUAAAUCCAGAAGUUCAAGAGCAGGUUGUGCCGGAGCCCCAUGGUACUUUAAAAAGACAUCAGAUGUUAUGUAGCACUGAAAGUUAUGGAGAUAUGGAAGACGUGAAGCUAGAUGACACUACUUCACAGAAAGCAGAACCUCUUGGAGGUUUAAUUUUUCCUUCAAUGCAUACAGAAUCAAACACAUCAUCCUUAACGAAGGAAGUCGAUGAAGAAGGAAAUGCGAUAAAUGAAAGAACUUUGUCUCAAGUGGAAGAAACAAGUGAGAAAAUGGAUUCGGAUUUGGAAAAAAAGUUUGUGGCUCUCAAGAGUGAUAUUUCGGAUGGUGCUGCACAGGUUGGUAACACUAUAGUUAUACACUCCUCAGAGGAAACGCCAGAAGAAACCUUUAAGCGUCUUGCCAUUGGACUUGAAAGUGAUAAGUUGAUGUAUAAGGACGUGUUGGACUCGAUAUUUAAUGCGCUAGUUGGUGGUGCAUUUGAUAUAGAGUCAAGAUUUAUUAUCGAAGAUCCUGAGAACGUUGUUCGCAUGGUGAAACUUUUAGACAAUGCAUCUGAAAGGCUUCAGGCUGAAGUAUGGAGUGUAUUCGUUGGUGUUGUGCGCAAAAGUAAUCGUAAUCUUGAAGCUUGUUCACGCGUCGGAUUAAUUUCCUUAGUCCUUGACAGGCUGAACGAUAGUGGGAACGUUGUUUCGGAUUUGUUGGUGCAGCUGCUUGGCGUACUUACUUCUUAUAGCAUAAGCGUAAAAGAAACGAAGCAUUUCUUAAGGGCUUUGAGAGCAAAAGAUGGACGUUGGGUUUUGAAAAGGCUGGAACAGCGGCUAAAAAACUGUCAAUUUGACGUUGAGUGCAGAUCUCUAGUAGAUAUUUUUUGUUUGAAUCUAAUCAAUUGUGGUGAAAGCAUAAUUCGUUAUUCAUCACUGUAUGUUAUUCAAGCCGAAGAGCAAGUUAACGUGUUUGCAUUAUUUUUUAAUGAUAAAAUGCUUUUGCCAUCAGUGGAAAGUUGCAAACUCGGGACUCUUAAGGAGUCUAAAAGUUUAUUUCAGCAGAGGAACUCAACCAAACUUCUUCAUGUCUUGGAAGAGAUGCCUAAGCGUGAUGGGGCAGACGUUUUUUUCUCGUUUCCAGGCACUUCAAAAUCGGGUAUUGCAUUGCCUCCUUUGACAAAGUGGCCUUACCAAAAUGGUUGGACUUUUAGCGCGUGGUUACGUAUGGACCCGUUGAACAGUGUCAAUUUUGAGAAGGAACGUCCAUUUGUUUACUGUUUCCGAACAAGUAAAAAUUUGGGGUAUAGUUGCUACUUUACGGGAAACUGCUUAGUUGUGAGCAGCACUCGGGCUCCUGGAAAAGAAACAGCACGUUGCGUGCGUCAUGAGCUGUCGCCGCGAAGGUGGCACCAUGUGGCAGUCAGCCACAUUUACUCGAGGUGGUCUAGGAGCGAAAUUCAAUGCUUUAUAGAUGGACAGUUAAUCGAAACAUUUGACUUUACAUGGUUAGUAUCCACUGUUGACCAAUUUGAUCGGUGUAGCAUUGGAUGUGGUCCAGACGGAGAAGAGUCUUUUUGCGGCCAGAUGGCGGCACUUUAUGUGUUUUCUGAAGCUAUUACCUUGCAGCAAGCUAAUUCUUUGUUUUGCUUGGGUGCUGCCUACCAAAGCAAUUUCCGGCACGAUGCGGAAUCAGAUCUUCCUGAAGGAUACAAAAGACAUUUGUUCGAUGGUCGUUUGAGCUCUUCCCUUUUCAUUGCCUAUUGUCCAAAGAAUUGUGAUGGACAGCUUUGUUUGCAUUCAUCACCAAAAACAAAUGCUUCAUAUUUUGUUCAAGUGCCUCAUGCUAUAAUGAAGCAGGGAGUUGAAGUUGUGACAACGCAUUCAAUACAUAGCUCUCUCCAUUCUGUAGGUGGUAUUCAAAUUCUUUUGCCGUUAUUUGCUCAACUAGACUUGCCGCUUAUGGAGUCGGAAGGUGUAGAUUACAAUCUCUGUUCAACCUUAUUAUCAGCAAUUUCUCUGCUUCUGCAUACCUCGCCAAGUGCUCAACAGCAGCUGCUACACAGCAAGGGAUUUCUUAUUAUUGCUCAUAUGUUAAACGAGUCUGAUCCGAAGCAUCUGACAGACCGUGUAUUGGAUAUCCUAAUCAGUAUGGCAAAGUUUUUGCUAGCAUGUACUUCGGGUAUGCCACUUCUGAAACAGUUAUUUGAUCAUAUUUUGUUCAACCCUCCGCUGUGGCGCAAAUCAUCUCCAUCAAUGCAGAUUCGGCUUUACGAAUACUUGUCAAACGAAUUUCUUAACAACGCUCAUUUCUUGUCGAUCUUUCGACGUAAUGUGGCGGUGGUUGAAAUUCUUCAUGCAAUUAAGUAUUUUUAUUGGGUUGUCCCAUCUCGAUCGCCGUCAUCUUAUACAACAAAACCAUAUGAUGUGAAAAUGGAGAAAUCAGAUAUUGUGACUAUUCGAGGCUUUUUGUUACGUCUUUUGUCGCGUCUUGUUAUUGCAAGUGAUUCAAAGUGUUCAGAUGACUCAACAUGUGAUAAUGAGUUCAAUUCUAUUCUCGACUUUGUAGCAACGGUUUAUGAGGAUGAUAAUUUGUAUGACAUUCUUUCUCUGACGACUAAUUUGCUUUCCGAACGUCCGGCACAACUUGUUCCCGCAUUUGACAGAAAGAAAGGGCUGGCAGUUGUUUUCAAGCUUCUAAACUCGCCAAAUGAGUUAAUCAGAGUCCCGGCGUUAAAAAUUUUUGGUUACUUCCUAUGUCGGUCUACCUUAAACAUCUCUGAUGGUGAUGAAAUUUGCAGGCGUAAGAAUGACUCAGUGGGUAACUUGAACGUCUUAACACUGCUAACAGACAGGCUUCUGCUGCAUGCCAGUUAUCUCAGUUUGGCGACUUAUAAUGUGCUUUUUGAAAUGCUAAUAGAACAAAUGACACCACUGAUUUGCUACACUCCACACGAGAAGUUAACAGGUGAAGAACGCUUUGAGAAUCCUAUACUGCUGAAGGUUAUAGCAAACUUAAUAUCUCAAAGCGAGAAACGACCAGAACUUCUGAAAGUAAAACAGCUUUUUUUGGAGGACAUGAUAUUUAUGUGCGAGACCUCAAGAGAUAAUCGUCGAACUAUACUCCAAAUGAGCGUUUGGCAAGAGUGGUUAAUCUCGCUCGCUUAUGUCUUUCCAGUGAAUGACGAUGAAGCGAUGGUCAGCGAGCUCGUUUUUCGACUGUUUGCGAAACUUCUCUUUCAUGCUAUAAGGCUUGAAUAUGGUGGAUGGAGAGUGUGGGUCGAUACUUUGGCUAUUGCACAUUCAAAGGUUGCCUGGGAACGUUAUCGUGCAUCUAUUAAUGGGGCCGCUGAUAGCCGUAACCGUGAUUCUGUUGAAGAGAUUUUACAUGAUGUGAUUUCAGCCGUUGUACGAAAUAUUGAUGGAAAAUCAGAUGGAUUGGAACGAAGAGUCAUUUGUGAUGACCAGCCACCGCCAAUUUACAGGACUCCAGAAUUUCGAUGGUCAAAUGUUCAUCUUAGACUUCUUUCUGACCUACUGAAUUCUGUUGAUGAAGUAGUUAGCGAGUGGAAAAAAAAAGGAGGAUCUUUAUUGGAUGCGGUUAAUAGUUCAGAAAAUGCUGUUUUUGUCGCUAAUGUUGUGCAUGUUUUUUCCCAACUUUCUGAUUCGCUUGUUAUGGCUUGCGGAGGACUUCUGCCUUUACUGGCUGAAGCUACCUCUACAAAUAGCGCUAUUGACAUUGUCGAUGCAUCUUCUCAAGGGCUUGCUAUGAGUGAUGCCGCACAACUUUUGGCAACAUUUGCUUCGCUAGCUGACAUUUUUAUAUUUAUUUCUGGGACUAACUUUGCUGAACUUGAGCAGGAGAAGAAUAUGCCUAGUGGCGGUAUUUUAAGACAAGCUUUGAGACUAGUAUCUACAGUAGCAGUGCGGACAGUCCUCGCUUACCGACAUCGUACUGUUGGGAAAAGACAAAUUUCAACUGGUGAUCUAAAGCAAAGAGCUCGAGCAGAAGCCAUUGAACAGUUCGUUAGUGGAGUGUACGCUACAAGUGAACAAAACGGUGUCGACCCGGAUAGGCUCCUGCAAGAGAUUGAUAUCCAGCGUCUCAAGGGUGUAGUGUACCGUGAUAUGGAAGAAAAUCGUCAAGCGCAAUUUUUGGCUUUGGCUGUCACUUACCUUAUAUCUGUGUUAAUGGUGUCCCGAUAUCGAGAUAUUUUGGAACCUCCAUCUUCCCCUUCACCAUUCUUUGAUACUUCGAAAGCUGGACAUGUUUUUAAUUCUGUUGAUGAAAAAUUGAAUACUCAUGUGGAUGUUAAACGAGAGAAACCUAUAGCCUCUCAAGAAAGUGAUGCCGGGAAGGAAGAAAAGAAAAAGUCGGUUGGCAGUGAUGAGGACAGCAGUGCUUUAUCUGGCAACAUAGCUGCAAUCGACGUGAAGCAAAAAAAUGAAGGAGUUUUGGAUGCUCAGUACGACGAGGACCACUUAAAAACACUAAGUGAAAGGACUUUUACAUCGAAAACUAUUGAGACUGGUGAAAGAAGAGAAUAUCUGACAAAAAAACUUCAAAAGGCGUUAGAUACAACUGCUCCUUUGCUGCGAGAAAUAAUGACAGAUUUUCGUAGCUAUCUACAGAAGACGUUGCUUGGCACUCAUGGGCAGGAAAUAAUGAAUGAUGUGAAAGUUGUGGAGACAUUUAAGAACCAGCAGGGAUCGGUAAUUGAAUUGGUGAUGCUGCUUUGCUCGCAAGAAUGGCAAACUUCUUUACAGAAACAUGCAGGGCUAGCUUUUAUAGAGCUUGUAAAUGAAGGCCGUCUGAUGGCUCAUGCAACGCGGGAGCAUGUCUUACGAGUAGCUAAUGAAGCUGACUUUAUCUUAAACCGAUUAGGUGCUGAAGAUGUCAGUAAGCAUGGGGAAUUUGAGAGUGAUGCUGCUGAGCAAAUGCAUCGGAGGAAGAAGGAAGAGGCUGUGAACGAUCAUUUGAUCACUGCUAGUCGCCGAAGAGACGUUGCUGUUGCUGUACGUCUCCUUGAUAAAAUGAAGACUAUAUUGUUGAGUCCUGGAGGGGCCUGGGCAGAUUCCAAACACCAAGAGGAGAUUUACUGGAAGUUAGAUGUUUGGGAGGACGAUUCGAGAAGGCGAAAACGCUUUGUUGCUAAUCCUUACCUUUGUCGUUAUUCUGUGGAGAAAUUGAAAACCAUUUUGCAAAGUGGCGCGUCAGCAGAAGAAGCUGAAAAAGCUCGUGAAGAAUUAUUACGUGAUUUGGUUGCUAGACGUUUGAUAUCUCUAGGCUCGUUGAAAACAGGUUCCGCACUCGGAGAACUCGUAGAUGAGAGCGAUAUUGAUAAAUGGGCUUCUGAACCCGAUGCUCCUGUUGACCUUCAGAGAGCAGUUUAUUUUGCUAUGCAUUUUGCCCAUGAUCUUUACUCCUGUUCUUCUUUAAAUCUGUCCAUUGUGGCCAUGUUAUGUGUUGAAGUUGAGUUCCACUUGCUUCUCCUUUUAUAA